CAAGCAGCAAGCAAACAGCCAAACACCGUCACCGUGAGAGAGAAGGUCUUUUGGCUGACUUUGGUUUCUUCGUUCGUUGUCUACAUCUUCCAUCACAAAUUUACAACCUGUACAGACUUCCUCGCUAUUUGUACAGGAUUCAUCAUCUAGCCCAGUCCUCUUCUGGAAUUUUCUCUUCUCUUUGUUGUUUGGCCUCUUCGUUUUCUUCUAAUUCCUCCGAUCCAUCUGAUUCCGUUCCAUGGCGACGAUCGGCCACAACAACAUCAACGCCAAAUUGGUUCUCCUAGGGGACAUGGGUGCCGGAAAAUCUAGCAUCGUUUUGCGUUUUGUCAAGGGUCAAUUUCUUGAAUUCCAGGAAUCUACAAUAGGAGCUGCAUUUUUUUCACAAACGUUGGCAGUAAAUGAUGCAACCGUGAAAUUUGAGAUUUGGGAUACUGCUGGACAGGAGAGGUACCAUAGCUUGGCUCCCAUGUACUAUAGAGGUGCUGCUGCUGCUAUCAUCGUUUAUGACAUUACCAAUGAAGAUUCAUUUGCACGAGCUAAGAAGUGGGUCGUCGAACUUCAAAAGCAAGGGAAUCCUAACAUGGUUGUGGCACUUGCUGGUAACAAGGCUGACUUGGAAGAUAAGAGGAAAGUGACGCCUGAAGAGGCACGAACAUAUGCUGAAGAAAAUAAUCUCUUUUUCAUGGAAACAUCUGCCAAAACUGCAACCAAUGUAAACGACAUGUUCUAUGAAAUAGCAAAGAGAUUACCGAGGGCUCAGCCUGCUCCUAACCCAGCUGGGAUGGUUCUUGUGGACAGACCCGCAGAAGGAUCCAGAACUGCUGCAUCCUGUUGUUCAUAAGCAUUGCUGUUGCAUCUCCUCAAAAAAAUAUUGUUCUCUCCCAAUUUUCCCCUUCUGCCAAGACACAUGUAGCUCUGGAGCAUAAUAAUUGGCGAUAAAGCUUAGAUGAAUUCGGGCUUGUUUGGUUCCAUUCCAUCUAAGGAAUGGAAUAGAAAGGAAUGAAUAACGUUUACUGUGAAUGUGUUAAGUAUGUGUUCAUGGAUACGAAAUCUAAGUGAAUAAAAAUAACCAUGAAAAGUCCGAAAUAGCCCUAAAAAAA